AUGUAUAUUAUUGCCUCUUUGAUCAACAUCUGCUGGUUCGCCAGCGUGACCAGGGCUGUAUCUCGUUAUAUGCCCCCAGCUGAUGGACAGCGUGCAAUGGAAUUAUUUACAACUGACCGUGGUUAUUCUGGCACCUCUGAUGGAAAGACAUGGCACGCCUCGUACAAAGAGGAAGGAUUCGACGAGAUGAAUAUGGAAAUAUUGCACAGAAUAGCCAGCGCGCACUUCAAUUGGCUAUUGGCCCAGCAAGGGCAAUAUAGAAUCACCAAUCAACUUGGUGGUUGCCUUAUAUCCGCCUUAUGGACACCUGAUACCAAUUCGGUUUAUGUAUCGACUAAGGCAAGAGGUCCGUAUUGGGGGGCAAUGCUUAAUAAUAAAGAAACAGCCCCAGUUUGGCGUGCCCGGACCGAAAACUGGAAGAAGAAUGGAAAAAGGGAUUUUCAUGUCGAAGACGCUACCUACCAUUGGUUCGAAGAAGUUAGGAAGAGCGCUGGCGAUCCUAUCUGGCCUCUUCUGCGCAGCAGUACAGCAGCAGAGACGAAAUACCCCGAAGGGUCUAUGAUAGCUACCUGGGGCUUUCACGGUCAAGAGGCUCAAGAUAAUCCGGCUAUAAAGAAUACCGGACGUCCAAUAAGUCUGUGCAGCAUCAGGGACCAGAGAGGGGUGACCUGUCAACAGAUGGCGGACGAUCUCGGCGUAAAAUACGAGGCAGUUACCAAUCAACCACCAGCAGAGCAGGCUAUAGACAGUAGUCCUCCCGACGGGGACGAAAUUUCCAAUGAUCCAUGUGGUAGCAAUGCUGCCAAAAGAGAUAAUAGUGGUUUUCUUCCUAGAUAUAGGAAGAGAGAUGCAGCAAGUGAAUGCUCCAUUAGCGAAAAUAUACCCACAUCACUUGUUAUAUCUACCGUCACAGGUUUACCCUCGCCAGCAAGCUCUUACGAUAAAGGUCCGUCUACAAGCUCUCGUCCCAUGACGACACCCCCGCCGCCACCAAAGCCGUCAUGUGUUAUGCAGGAUAUGGACCCUGGUCUAGGAAUAACUGCUCCAGGAUGUAUCUGCGAAGGCUCAACAACGCUUCCGCUACUUACCCUUCCGUCGGUAUCUGUGUAUACCCAGAGUUGUGACUACACUGCUCUACCAACCAAGACCUUGCCAAACCCCAUCAGCAUCACGACCCAGACGUGGACUGUUGGUUGCCAAGCAUGUACUGGCGUUGGCGGGGCUGAGGUUCCCGCCGCUGCUACCUGUACUUCAGUUCCGUCCUGUACAGUUACUCCUUUAGCUCAGUCAUUCGGUGUCCUUUUAUCCAACACGUCUGUCCCCGUCGGCGAUGCGGACGAUAAGAACGGAGGCAAGGACCUCAGACAGAAUCUUUACAGCCAGCUUCACCCAUUGUGUCCCGAUAACUCAAACAUAUGCGACUAUACCAAGGGCGCCGAAAUCAAGAACAUGGGAACUGUGGUAUCCGACGGAGAUGCUUAUCUGACACUCCAAGCCAAGAUCAUAGGAAGCCAAUACAAUAGCACAGACACCCGAGAACGCCUACUCGCUGCGGCCGUAGCUAGUUGGGAACGAGCUGCUUCGCAAUCCUGUAAAGAAGUCGAGUAUAAGUCUGACGCGGAUCCCACCGAGUCAGGCUGCGGAAGCGGGCCGAUUCUCGACGGACGAAGCCCCUUUCUAUCAGAAGACGAAGGCAAGUCUCUAGAUAGACGCAUUCUAGACGGUCCACCACCCGAAACGGUUUGCAGCUAUAGAGGACGCCUCUGCGCAGGGCCGGAAGUUGUUACUGCUAUAAUGGGCACCUCCGAGAAUCCAUACAUGAACCACAUGCAAAUCAAGUUCGAGCUCGUCUCCGACAAUAAGGACUCGGCUUUUGCAGAGUUUGUAUGCCACCUGGUUAUCGACGCUAUCUCGGACCUGAGUAUGGCUGUGAUGCCGGAGCUGGCGCCGGCAGAGCUUUUCGAACAACUGGAGCUGGAGUCGUUGUGUGAGUGAGAGAGGAUUGGUGGAUAGAAGGUUGGAUUUGAGUUGGAAUAUGUUUGAGAUCUGUUAGAUAUGUUUUUCAAUGAUAUUUCUUUGUUUUGCAUUAUUUAGAACGUGAUAAUUAUACUCAUUCUGUCGGGGUAUAAGUGAGCUAAGGGCAGAUCUACUAGGUCUGGGUAGAAAGGC